GUGACGGGUGCGCUCACAGUAAAUGAGGAGGACGCGCGAGGUGAAGGAAGAGGAGGAGGAGGAGAAGUUUUGUGGAGACGAUAAAGUGACCAGCUGUGACCCGGAGACGUGAAACUCUUCAGUCUAAAGAGGUUUGUGCUGAAUCCCCGUGAACGACCAAUCACCUCCCUUCUGUGUGACCUCACCAGUGUACCUCCUCAUAUUGAUCAGGUCAUUGAUCUGCCAAUCAGUGAUCCUGGACUUAUGAUCACUGCCUGACCAACGAGACUCUGCUGCUGGAAAACUGACUCCUGUUAUUGAUCGCUGAGUCAGAGCAGUCGACACCUCGUGAAGGAGUAUUUAUGAAACUCAAACCUCUAGAGACACUGUAGCUUUGGUCGUCUAGUUCAGCUCAUUUUUAUUGGUCAGCUGACUCAUUACAAAGCCUGUGAUUGGUUGGUGAAUCAGAGAAACUCCUCCUUAUUGGCCAGAGGAUCCAGCCAACCGACCGAUGGCAGCAUCAGAACUGAUCCAGGGCGAUGACGACAUCCGCCCCCAUGUGGAAGCUAACGUGACCGCAACAGAUCCUAACACACCUCCGAGGGUUGCCAACGGUAACCCGCCCCGCCACGCCUCCUUAGCACCAAACGCCACCGACGCCCACGACGGCAAGAAGAAGCAGGAGUGCAGCAAACUGAGCAGCCUGUUGAAACAGAACCAGCUGAUCCACUCCUUGAGCAGCGGACUGAGGCGACACUGCGACUACGUCAAGAUCACCGUGCCCGAGGAGCGCGCCAACCGCCUCCCCAAGGAGUGGUGGAAGACAGGCGUGGCGUUCCUCUACGCCCUGUUCAACCUCGUCUUCACCACCGUCGUCAUCACCAUUGUCCACGAGCGGGUGCCGGACAAAUCGGUGAGCCCGCCGCUGCCUGACAAGUUCUUCGACUACGUGGACCGAGUUCCCUGGGCCUUCACCGUCACCGAGGUCAACGGGCUGAUCCUGGUCGGACUCUGGCUCGUCCAGUGGAUCUUCCUCAAACACAAAGCCAUCGUGGGCCGCCGCUGUUUCUUCCUCAUCGGGACGCUCUACAUGUAUCGCUGCGUCACCAUGUACAUCACCACCCUGCCAGUGCCUGGAAAACACAUGGUCUGCGCUCCGAAGCUGUACAACGACUCCACGGGGAAAAUCUGGAGGAUUUUGAGGCUGAUCUCAGGAGGAGGUUUGUCUCUGACCGGAUCUCACCUGAUGUGUGGUGACUUCCUGUACAGCGGUCACACUGUCAUGUGCACACUGUCCUAUCUCUUCAUCAAAGAGUACUCUCCUCGGUGGAUGUGGUGGUAUCACUGGUUCUGCUGGUUGCUCAGCGCCUCAGGAGUCAUCUGCAUCCUCAUCGCUCACGAGCACUACAGCAUCGACGUGGUGAUCGGAUACUUCGCCACCACCAGGAUCUUCUGGUGGUACCACACCCUGGCCAACACACAUGCGCUGCGUCAGGCUCCGAACAACUACCUGUCGAGGACGUGGUGGAACCCCAUCUUUAACUUCCUGGAGAAGAACGUUCAGACGACGGUUCCCAUCGUGUUCGCGUGGCCGGUGGCGCUGCCGUCCUCCUGCAGACAGCGGUACAGGAUAGUGGAGGGUGGCAGGGACGAGUGAGGACAGGUAGGGGAGGACGGAGGUCGGGGGAGGGAAGACAAUCAACCUGAGCUGAAACAGCAUCCAUCCUGACUCCUGGAUGAGAGGACGUUUAACAUGGGUUUAUUUAUUAGAGGCAGUAUUUCCUGCUCUCUCCUGCGUACAGAGGAAGACGCUGACAGGAGGACAUCACGUUUACAUUGUCGUCAGCGCCUGGUAUUUAUUAUCAGCGCGUUUAAUCCCCAAAUCUGUAACGAUGCAGUUCAUCUUCCUCCAGAAACUAAACCGACAAGUUCAGACACAGGUGGGUGAACAUACAGAGUAGGUAUGAAGAAGUAAAACAACUGUCGUCUUAAAGUCACAAGACGUUUGACAGUUAGUUUCACUGCCGGAUGCUUCUUAAUUGCCGUCCUCCAUCAGAUCUUUGGAAACAUCAGAUUUCUCUGCUACUUGAUUUUUCUGUUUUGUUGCUGGGAGGUGUAAACACUGUUGGGUUUUCUUGAGUUGUUCGCAGCAGGUUACGAGGCGAGGCGAGGCGAGGCUUCGGCGUUUUCACUGACAUGAUGUCGAUGUUUGUAGUGCGUUAAAGUGUUUGAGUGUUCCAGUAAAAACACUUCAUGAUACAGUUUUAUUCUGGCUUUCACUGGAUGUUUCCUCGCCGUGCUUCUUUGUGUCUGCAGCACAUUAUUUUUGAUCCAUUCACGACAAACACUGUUUGAUCUAAUUUAAGGUUCUAGGUGCCAUAAAAGUUUCCAAACGUGCCAGUAUAACUAAACUACCAACCUAGAAACCGUCUGGGAGUGCGUCUGUGUGGACAAGCAGCUGUGACACCAGUGUUAUCAUUCACACACCUGCCUGUAUUAAGAAAUAUUUCCACUAGGAGGCAGAUUAGAGCCGAAUCAUCCUGAUUCACGGCAGAAUAUCUCCCAGGAGAACUUCCAGUUUUGCAGAAACAGAAUAAAACAUGGUGAUAAAACUCUGGUUUACUUUUUUGACUGUUUCAGCGUGUCCUGCAGAAUGCUAACGUGCUAACAUGAAGAAGUUUGGGCAGCAAAACAGCAGAAAAUGAAGAGUUAUCUCAUUGUUUUCUCACCCAAAAAUGUCUGAUACUAAUAUGAAGACCAACCCUGAAUUUCAGUGCCAGCACCAAAAAAGAAAAGAUACUUUUAUGUUUUUUAUUUGACACAAGAAGCCAAUUGUUGUGAUGACGUUCUGUAGUCUCAUUGAGCCACUUUUUUUAAGACACAUAAAAGCUUCUAAAUUCACAGUGGCGUAUUUACGGACGUGUUUUGUGUCGUAGAACAAGCUUGUGUUAACCACAGACCUUAUUUCAGACACGUAACCAAAAACACACUGACUUUGAGACGAGGGAACAGUGAGUGCUAACAUGCUAACAUGCUAACUCAUUUCCGGGUUUUAUGACUUAUUUCUGUGGCAGUCGAUUAUUUAUUUUUGGUUUAUAAAUUAGCUAAAAUGUUUGACCAAAGCUAAACUGCUCACUAAUCUUCUUAAGACUAACGUCAGUUGGGGCUAAAUUAUUUUGGAAGUGAACGCUUGUGUCACUGAAUUGGGUGCAGUUAGCUACACUUUAGCGCAUUAUCAUAAACAGUUGUUUUAACAGUAAUGUAACCGAACUAAAAACAUCCAAAAUAUCCACGAACAACAACUGUUAGAUCUCCUAGCAAAGAAAAAUUAGACUACAUGUUGAAAUAGUGAAAAUAUUUCUGUCUGGUCUGGUUCAUAAGCUAGCUAGAGAGUUGGAACAUUACAUUAAUUGUUAUUGACUUUGUUUAGAGUGAGAUUAGUAGUUAACCACUGUGUGCUUUGCUGGCUAGCUUCUACUAACUAGCAUCGUAAUAUCCUAAGUGCUAACUUCUGUUCGGUCCUCAUUAGAGUGAAAAGAAAACAGGAAAUUAGUAGUUUUAUCUUCGUUUUCUUGUCUUCGGAUUAGGUCUAGAUAUCGCAACAAAAAAAAUAAAAAUAUUGAUACUAGUGCAGAAACAACCUGGAUUUCAAUGCCAGUGCCAAAAAAAAAGAAGAUUUUUAAAGGCCAAUUUGGCUAAACUUUGUAUUUUGCAAAGAUGUUUGACCAAAGCUAAACUGAUCGCUACUUAAUCUUCUAAAGACUAACGUUAGUUGGGUCUUCAAUGUUUUGGAAGUGAAGGUUUGUGUCAUUGAAUCGGCUUCAGUUAGCAACGCUUUUGUUGCAUUACAACCAAAAAAAACUUUUUAAGAUAUGACAUUCCGUAAAAGUUAAAUGUACGAUCUCGUAACAAAGAAAAAUGAGACUGCAUGUGUAAAUUUUAACUUUCUGACUGUUCGGCUUGUAAGCUAGCCAAAGGUUUAGGACACAAGCUAAAUUGCUAACAACUUAUCAGAGCAAACUCUAGUCUUGAGAGUGAUCACUGACUAAACUGGGUGCAGUUAGCCACAUGCUAACCACGAAAAAAAAAAGUUUGCAUCCAUGAAAGGUAAAUGUCCCGACAAAAUGUUUUAUAGGUAUUGAUAUUAAAAAUUUUGAGAGCGCAGUUUGUGAGAUAUGCUGCCUUCAGAUGGGGUCAUGUUUACAGUGUUAACGAGUCCGUCUGAGCGCUCCGCACUGCGGUACUGACGACCUCCUUAGCGGAAAUUUUCUUAAAGCUCCAAGUAUGCUGACAUUUUCAGACGGCGGAGGCCACUGAAGUUUAAUUUUUUGGAGGACAUUAAGUUAAUGUUUUGUGAUUUUAGUUGUAUAGAGUUCUUUGUAACUUUAUAACUUGUCUGAGGACACGCUGGUAUUUCUAGCGGCCUCAUCGUUUGCCUCCGUCAUUACGCCUUUACGUUUCCUGCAUUACGUUACCCGCUCGCUAAAUUGUUAGCCUUGGUGGCAUCCAUGUUGCUGAUGCCUAGCUGCAGUAUUCUCACAACUCAGUCUCUUAAAUGCCAAGUAAUUUGUGUACACGACUUCCCACUUCGCUCAUAACCACGAACUCACGAGUUCCACGUAAAGGCAACAUUAGCCGGACAGUUGCUAGCUAACGUCUAGUAGCUCAAGUUAACAUUGAAAACGCUAACUUCAGUUGGGUCCUCAUCAAUGAGGUCAUGGUUAUAUUUAAUGAGUAUUGUAAAUUUCUUUCUGUGCUCAGUUAUUGAUGUUUUCAAGUCAAUAUGCAACACAUUUUUUUAACUGUGGUCGUAAUUUUACGUCUUUCUUUAUUUUAUUUUUUUGUGUGAAAUGAAUCCGUGAAACAUCUUCCACCAAAACUCCCUGAAACUGCUGCUGAAUUAAAGUCGGAUUAAUGAAGAUCAAUGUUCCAUAAAGUUCCAUAAAAGUUGCUGAUGAGUGUUUCCUGAUGUUCCAUGUUUAUUAAAAGUUCAUUAAAAAGUUGACCUGAAGAAAAUGUCACAAUCAGACGGUUGCUUUGAUAAUAAAAGAUUUAUUUUCAGUGUUGAU